AUGGAUUCCCUCACACUCGCACACCCCGAGGAUUCCUCCUUCUCCUCCGCCGCUUCCCCCUACUUUGAUUCCCUCACCCGAAGACGUCAACAGAAGAAGAUGAGCAUCACACAAACUUACUACCUCGCCCAUACCGCCCGCAAGAAGCUCACUCGUGAGGCUUCGCGGGCGGAUCACGACUUGCGCCUGCUAGUCGGCCACGCCAACCUCCUUGAUUCUCUGAUGCUUGAUCUCGCUGACGCUGAGCGCGAGCAAGAACGCUGGUUCAACCAGACCGUCAGCGGUGCCUCCAAGGCAUCCCAGGAAGAGCCUCGACACAUUCAAUGGGCCUCUACCUCGACCGUGGUCGAGGAGCCCGAAGACUACGAGCAUGAGGAUGCUUCCGAUCUUGAUUCGGACCUCAGUGACAGUGACGAGGACGAUUCUGACUUCGACGAGAGCGACUUUGUCAUCAACACUCCCGUUCGCUGUCGGGCACCAUCGCCCGUGGCACCCAUUGAGCCCCUCCUGGAAGAGGAGGACGACACCGACUCUGAUUUCGAAUAUGACGACGCCGAGGAUCUGGGGGAGUUGAGCUUGACUCGUUCCCCAUCCCGGCAAUCACCACCUGAGCUGCUCGCCGACCUGGACGACAGCUCCGAGGACGAGGCUACGCCGCCCUCUCCGGACGAACCCACUCUCGAGGCAUUUGACGAGAAAGAGGCAUCCGCCACCACCAACCCGUUGGAAGGCUCCCAGGCCCAUCUGUUCGAGUCAGGGUUCUACGUUUCACAAGAGAGCACAAUGAUCGAGGCAUACUGA